AGAAAAAAAAAAGGAAAGAAAGAGGAGAGGCCUUUCUCUGUCUACCGUAUAUAUCUGUCUCUUGCUCUCUCUGUGUCUGUGAAAAUUUCCAAAAGGAAAUAGCAAAAAAGCUGAAGAGAAAAUCGAAGAAGGAAAAAGGGUAGAAAAAUCAUGUCUAUUCCAUUGAGACUGUUGUUGCCUCUAAAUACAGAGUCGUCAGAUUGGGCUUCAAAAAGCCUCAACAUCUUCUCCCAACAAAACCCAAUUUCUUUCAAGCCUUCCUCCAUUAGAAGAUGUGGAUUUGGGCUUCAAAAAUCUCAAUUCUCCUUCAAAACUCACACUUCUUCUUCUUCUCUCUCGUGGCUUUGUGGAUGUACAAGAAGAGACCUAGAUACCGGUUGUUGGAGGGAUGAAGGUGAGAACGGGGCUCAGAUGUUUGGCUCUGAUGAUGAAAUCACUACCCAAGUUCCCACACAAGUCCAGUCUGUUGUCGAAGGUCCUGGGACAUUGCUGGUGACAGAGCCAAAACCAAUCCCUGACCUCGACUAUUUACAGGAGUUAUUGGCCAUUCAGCAGCAAGGACCUAGAGCAAUUGGUUUCUUUGGGACACGGAACAUGGGUUUCAUGCAUCAACAGCUUAUUGAGGUUUUGAGCUAUGCUAUGAUCAUAACUAAAAACCAUAUCUAUACAUCAGGAGCUUCAGGGACUAAUGCAGCUGUUAUUAGAGGCGCUUUAAGAGCUGAGAAACCAGAGUUGCUUACAGUUAUAUUGCCACAAAGUUUGAAGAUGCAACCACCUGAGAGCCAAGAAUUGCUAUCUAAAGUGAAGAAUGUGAUUGAGAAGCCCCAUAAUGAUCAUCUGCCCUUGAUUGAAGCUAGCAGGUUGUGUAACAUGGACAUUCUCUCCCAUGUGCAACAAGUCAUUUGCUUUGCAUUCCAUGACAGUAGAUUGCUCAUGGAAACCUGCCAAGAAGCGAAGAACAUGAGGAAGAUCGUAACUCUCUUUUACCUUGACUAAUUGCAACCCUUUAGCAAGGGGAGGGAUGGAUAUUCAUCCGACUGUAGAAAAAAGAGAAAGGAAAAGGGCUUCUUUUCAGAAGAUUUAGUUAUUUUUUGUUUCAGCCAUUUGUGUUUAGUGAGAAAUAUUUACAGUGGUGAGAGUGGAGAGGAGGGUCCAUUCGAUUGGAUAUUAUCCUCCUGUUAUUCUUUCGUCAUUGUUUUGAUUGUUAUCCGAAAAAGAACAAAAAAUACAAUAAAGCUGCAUAUAUUCUGUUGCA